AUGAAACGCAGUGCUCAUACGGUGAAUUCUUCGCUAGUCGAAACCACCAAUAACAAUUCUCCUAAACGAUCCUGUACUCAGCGAAACAAAUUCUGUGUCGCCAGCUCCCGUAGUGAUUAUUCGUCACCAAUAUCAACUGAUUCAUUCACUAUGGAAGAUAAUAUUGAUUCAUUAGUCUCUAUGGGAUUUACAGAUCGAGAGUUCAAUCGUCGGACUUUGCUAAAAGCGAAUAAUGAUAUUAGUGAAGCUGUGACUAUUCUAACUUCCAACUACUAUAAUGAUGAUAUUAGUUCAUCAGUGGAUACGACACCAUCGACGUUCAUCGGUCCUCGUACAAAAGAACAAGUCGAACAAGAGCAGCAACAAACAGUUGCCGCGGAUCAAACGUCGACAGAUGCAAAUUCGACUCUCUCGGAUGAUGUGACCGUCGAUCAUUUCCAAUCGUUUACUACCAACGCUUUCCUUAAUUUAGAACCGAAGGUCUACGGAGACAAAUGGUCCAUCCCUUACAAACGCAAUGAAGCUCUUGGUCAAUGUUUGCUUUCUGCAACGAAACUUGCUCUGGAAGGUAGAGCUGAUGAGGAUAAAGAUUGUGUUAAAUUUAUGGAAGACCUAAUACCCGAAGCUUUUCGCAAACUACAAUGUACUCAUCAUGUGAAUAAUUGGGCAGUAGAAAUCCAAUUAGGUGUUUUCGAUAUGGUCGAAUUAUUAGUUGAUUUAAUCGCUGCACGUUUAUCUUAUCCACCGGUUCCUGUUAAAUUACUUGAAACAUUAGCGAUCCUUCUCGAUCCUGAGUCGAUCUUUCAGCGAAAACAUCGAUCGAAAUCCUAUGAUCGUUCUUUAUAUGACAAACAAUUAGGCGAUCAGAUCUUAGCUAAUCCACCAUCGGUAUUCGCACUCCAUAAUCGAAAUGAAACAUACGGUUGGUUAUGUCGAUUGAUAAAUCGGUUCGUUGUAAAAGAUGGAAUAACAAAUUUAAAAGAACAAUUCGAAAGUGAAAAACCACUGACAGCACUGGAGUACAAUGCGUUACUUGUACCAUUUGUCAAUUGUAUGGAUUAUCUCUUCUUAGACCGUUAUCGACAAUUAUUUAGUGAACAUGUUGAACAAGCAAUUGAUUAUGUUCAACGUCUAAAAGAAGAAGAUUUCAAAGCAAAAUCGACUAAUGCGAUAUUCGAGUUGUUAACAACAUUACGUAAAAUAUGUUUGGUGGCUUGGCCAACUCGUAUCAAUCAACUAGAACAAUUACAUUUGAAUUUGUUAUUGAAAAUGAUUGCAUUGUCGAACUUUAAUGCGAAAAUGAAUUCGUUAAAAGAAUUAGCAAAACUAAUUGAAAAUGCGUCGUUCAAUUAUUCUAGCACAUCGAAAAUAUCGAUGCAACGUAGUAGUUUAAGUGAUUGGAUUAUUGCCAACUCCAUUCUAUCAAAAGCAUUGGAAGGAAAUAUCGAUCAAAAUCAAUAUGUUGAUAAAGUUCGAAUUCUAUUGGAUUUUAUCGCACCCAACAUUCUUAAGGAAGAAAUUGAAACCAUCUGGAAAAUGCAGCAUGGGCGUUCGUUAGUUGCUGUCGAUCAUUUAUUUUCGUUAAUCGCGUCAGCUGCAGCGAAAUUUAAUUUACAGCAAUUGAAUUUCUUGAUAGAAUUCAUUUACAAUUCGUGGAAAACAGAAACUGUUCUCAUUCAAGAGAAACUUGUUGAACUACUUGGUGCUAUUGGUCGAGAGUGUCAGAAAGAAUCAGCUGCUCGUGUUUUAGAAGUUCUUUGGGACAUCGCCCACGGAGACCGGCUUAGUCGCCCGAUGCUUGAUCACAUUCUUCAUUCACAUCUACGCAUAUUCAGCGAAGGCCGUAUGUUAUACGAUGAGUUAAAACGUGAAUAUUGCUUGAAGUGUGUCGGUGAUUUAAAACGGAAACAAGGCUGGUUAGUACCAGCUAUCAAACAUUUGUACGAUUUGUUGCGGCAUGAUUCAACGACUACAUUUAAACGAACGGAUCAAGAUCUGACUUCGUUAUUAGUUCAACAACAUGAUUUGAUCUUUGCAUUAAUUCAGAGUUUAUCCACAUGUCAAUUGGAUGUUUGGAACAAAACACAGGGCAAUGUUACAAUUGAUACAUUAGUCGAUGGACGAUAUACGCACGAAGAAUCGGUGAAAAGUCAUUUAGAUUUAUUAUCAUUUCUAUUGAAAAAAGGAAGUCUUUUCCUCCUGUUAAAACGUGCAGAAGAACUUUGGGAUACAUUGAUCACAAAUGAACAUGUUAGUUCGUUCGAUCAUGAACUUGGCUUGAAUUGGUUUAUCACAUGUGUAGAAGAUCUCAAAAGAGAUUCUCAAAAAACACUUUUCGAAGAACGUGUUGCCAAGCUCGAUCCAGUCCAUCUAACACCGAAAGGCUAUACUUGUUUCAAACUAUACUUCGAACGUUGUGAUUCAGAACGACGAGGUUUUGCGUAUAAUCUAAAUACUUCAUCAUCAGUGACUAAUGCAACGACAGAGUACUAUGGUAUCAAUGAAUUAUGGAAUAUCAUCUUAUGCGUUGAUGAUGAGCAUCUAGCUGAUGAAGCAACUCGAUUUUUACUUGAAUUGUACUAUACGAAACAUUCAAAUCGUACUCGUCGUACAACUGCUCAAUUACUCCAUGAGUAUUUCCUAGAAGAAGUUUAUUUGCGCUUGGGUCAUCUACUUAACACUGCCAUUCCACCGUCGACGUGCUCAACAGACUAUGUCGCAAAACUUUACGCAUCCCUAAAGGUUUUCGGUGAACAAUUUGUUUCAACAGCACCAUCAACACAUCAUAUUAUUGAUUCAAAUCAAACUGACAAUGCUUUAUGGUUACAAAAAGUCGAACGUCUUUUAAUGAUUACAGAAGCAUACAUUCAUCUUGUCGAACAUGAACAUUCUCCAACAGCACACAUAACAUCGUUUCAUGGUUUGGAAUAUCAGAUUAAAAUAACUUUGGACGAAUUCGGCAAAACCAAUUGUUCCUAUGAUCUUGUUACAAUUCAUUCAAAUGAUACUCUCGAAAUGUUACGCGUACGUCUUGCCGAAUUUUACAAAGUUUUAUCACAGGAUAUUCAUAUUUCCAUCCAAAAUACUCGACCACUUCCACAAUCAUACGAUCAUUUUGGAAUGAACUCCAAUGCUAUACCAUUAUCACAUUCAUCGUCGAGCAGUCAAUCGACAUUGACGACAAUGAACAAUAACAAUAAUAACACUUCAACAACAUCAAGUAACAAUAAUAAUAAUGUUCUAGAUUCGCGAUAUAAUUCUAAAUAUCUCUAUCAGCUGUAUAUUACACCUGAAACAAUGGUUUAUGUUAAAAUUCUUGGUGGAGCAUCCAAUCAACCGGUUCGAUCAAUUACUACUGAACCGAAACGUAUUCGUAUCAGCGAUUCGGCGUUUGUAUCAACAAUUCGAGAAAGAAAUAAUUAUUACAAUAAUGAUGGUUUAACACGUUCAGUUCCUUCAAAUAUUAUGGCCGAAAAUUUGAAAGUUUAUGAUGUACUCUAUAAAUUAUCUUUCCUCGAUAAUCAAAAAAUUCAUCAACGUAUACGUAAUCUUCUUUACUUGAUGCCGUCAGACAAUCGUAUCUAUGAUUAUCUUGAUAUAAUAUCUACAAAUGCUGUAAAUCCAUUUCACAAUGAAGAUGAACAAUAUGAUAAAGCAAAUCCGACUGAAAUUAAUGCGACAAUCAAUCCUCGACAAGCGAUCACUCGUAUACUCGACAUGGACCAUUAUAGUUUCAUUCAAUUGCUGUAUAAUCUGGAAAUCUUAUCCAGUCGAAUCUUAACUGUAUCAAUUAACAACGGUGUUCAACAAAGUUCGCCAUCAUUUCGACAACAUUUCAUUGAACAUGCAGGAAUCGACUCUUUACUUUAUUUACUUCAUUCCAUGGGCGAUUACAUCUCUGGCGAAUAUGAAUAUUCAUUAUGUGAAGAAAUCAUCCUUUUAACAUUACAACUUAUUCAGCUACUCGUUUGUGGUAAUGGUAAUCGAUCGGAUGAUGUGCUUUCCACAUCUUUUCCCAUGCAAAUGUCACCAUCAGCUUCAUCGCCAGAGCAAAUAUCACAAGCAGCCAGUGAUGCUAUUCCUGAAGCGAUGGAAUUUGAUUUCCAAGGAACUGUUGAACACCUAUCAUUUGAACAAUUCGUUCUACAAAUUCAACAAUUAAUCUUCUUAUGUUGGGCAGCAGCUGCUGGAAACAUACGCUUACAUGGACAAAGCUUGACAAUCAAAGAACAAGUGAAAUUAGACCGUUAUACAUUAUUGCAACGAAUUAACACGAAUGUAACAAAUCGAACGAGUAGUAAAAAUUCGUCAUCGAGCGAAGCAUCGCCGGACAGUAGUCAACAGCAAACAGUACAGUUCGGUAUUUGUGUGAAAAACGAUUCCAUUCGACCGUUGGAUAGUGAAAUAGCAGAGAAAACGAUUGAGAUUAUUACUUAUUGCUUCGAAAAACGAUCGGAAUUCUUCGCUACUUUUCUUGUUCAGCCAUUCUUUGCUGAUUUUCUUCUGGAAAUCUUAAUUGGUACGACUUCAUAUUCGAUACGUCAAUGUGCAUUACAGAAUAUCAUUCGUUUGUGUAAAAUUGAAACAUCAACUUACGAGACGCGUUCGAUUAUACAUCAAAUCUUAAUCAAAGCUCGAUUACCAUUAUGGUUAUCGUCCAGUCGCGGUACACGUCAUGCAAAUCAAAAACUCUCAGCACAUUCGAUCGAAUAUUUUGAUUUACGCUGCCAAUUAAGCGAAAAUUUAACUAAAGAACACCAAGAGAUUCUCGGUAUUGAUGCCAAACAAUUACUCAUGAAUGAACUUGAAUGGUUAUCAACCUACACGGUAUCGUUAACUUCUAGUGAACUACGCACGAUCGAUAACAUUCUCUUCAUCGGCCAUCUGAAAUUCAUUCGAACACUGUUAACAUGUGAAAAUGUUGAUAAAAAUGAAAUCGGAACUGAAUUGAUCCGUUUGCUUAUCGAUCAAUUUCUAUUUCCAGCAUCGAAACGAAUGUCAUUGUCGAUUAUACCAUCGACUAACGAGAACGAGUCGAACGAUGACAAUGCUUGUGAACCGAAAUGUUCAACAAGUGAAAGUCGACAAGCAGCCUAUGAUGUUCUCGUUGAAUUAGUUCGUCAUUGUCAAGCAAACUUCCAACUCGUCAGUGGAGAAUUAAUCCAUCUUCAUCAUAGACCACUAUUAGAAAAACAAACGGAAUGGGAAUUUAUGCCACAAGUAAAUCCUCGAGCAGCUUGUGGAUUAGUUGGACUUCAUAACGGCGGUGCAACUUGUUAUAUGAAUUCGAUUCUUCAACAAUUAUACAUGAUCCCUCAAAUAUCUGAACAUAUUUUAAAUGUACAUGAUGAUGGUGAAGGUGGGAAAACCGAAGGUGAUUCAGGUUUAUUUUGUCAACUUCAACAAGUGUUCGGUCAUCUAAUGGAAAGUAAAAUGCAAUACUAUUCACCCGAAUCUUUGUGGAAAGUAUUUCGUUUAUGGGGCCAAGAAAUCAAUGUUCGUGAGCAACAGGAUGCAUUCGAUUUUUUCACAGCAAUGACUGAUCAAAUAGAUGAAUAUCUGAAAGGUAUUAAACAAGAAGAAAUUUUUCACAAACAAUUCGAAGGUAUAUUUUGUAAUCAAAUGAUUUGUACAAAUGGAUGUAAUCAUCGAUAUGAGGGUGAAGAAAAGUUUAUGGCUUUAAAUGUUGCUGUUAAAGUUGAUUCACUCAAUGAAUCGUUGAACCAAUUUGUUAAAGGCGAAGUACUUGAUGGAAAUAAUGCGUAUUUCUGUGAAAAGUGCCAAGAAAAACGACGAACGAUCAAACGGCUCUGUGUAAAGAAAUUACCACCGUUAUUGUGUAUACAAAUGAAACGUUUUGGUUUCGAUUGGGAAAAUAAUCGAGCGUUGAAAUUCGAUGAUUAUUUCAAGUUUCCUCUAGUACUUAACAUGGAACCGUACACAUUGGAUGGCGUGAACAAACGUGAAAGUUUUGUUGAUCAUGAUGAUUCAACUAAUCAGUUGAUUAAUUCAUCCGCGCCAUCAACAACUUCUGGUUCUGAUCAUGUCUCCUUGUCUCGCACGUCCUCUUCAUUGAACAAUCCAUCCACUAUCAAUUAUGAACUAAUUGGCAUUGUUAUCCAUUCAGGUCAAGCCAAUGCGGGUCACUAUUAUUCAUUUAUCAAAGAUACACGCAAUCGAUACUCAAAUAAUCCCAAUCAAUGGUAUCGUUUUAACGAUACAUGUGUCGAAGAAAUUCAACUAACUGAGCAAAUGCUCGAAGAAGAAUGCUUUGGUGGAACAUUUCGUGUACAAAAAGAUAGUUACUUUCAUUCAAGCGAAGAACGAAUACGUUUUUGGAAUGCUUAUAUACUCAUCUAUCAAUGUAUAGAACCAGCCAAACUGCUUCCACCACCAUCAAUUCUGACACGAUUACCAUCACGUAAUCGUCACACGUCGUGUACAAGUCAACGCGAUUCAUUAUCCCAACUGGCUGAUUUAGUUGUUCAAAGUGAACAUAAUGAUUUAUUUCAAACUAAGAAAUCACUUAUACCUUCACGUGUGCUUGCUUGCGUGAAAGACGAAAAUCUUGAAUUUCUGAAAAAUCGUGAUACAUACUGCGAAGAUUAUUUUCGUUUUAUUUAUAAUUUAUCUGCAACAUGCUUCGAUGACAUCAACUCGACUAAAGCGUUCGAACUCUCGACUAAAUUAGCCUUGAAUUUUCUCUUCAAUACGCACUUUCGAACACACCGUCGUUUGCGCAAAGACACUCUUCAAGAAUGGAUUCAAUUAUUAGCACGUCUAUUUACGAAAAGCUCGGUAUCAUGUGAGAUAUUUUAUGAAUUAAUCUUUGAAAAGAAGGAACAUGGAUUGAAAUUAUAUCUACUCGAUUGUCCCACCUAUGAAGUUCGACAAGUGUUCGAACAGAUAUGCGAUCAUGCUCUUCAAGCAAGUUAUUUACAUAAUGAUCAUCAAAAGAACAUGGAAUUAUUUGUUGAACAGUUAAUUCAACUAUUAGAUAAAUCCGUUGUUGAACAAAUCAAACAAUCACAAGUUUACUUUCAAUUGAUUUACAGUUACAUGAAUAUGAACCGAUUAUCGAUUGAAUAUCUAUUAAAAUUAAACACAUUUACACGUCUAAUGAAAUUUUUAUUAGGUGAAAGUAUAGACAAUCGACGAUGGAGUUCGAGUCAAGCGAAAGAAUUCGGAAUUAUUCAUGAAAUCAUCGCAACAUUGGCAUUAAUGUGCUAUCGAAAUGAUAAUAAUCGAGCGGAAGAAUAUGCAAAUCUCGUGAUGGAAAUGGAUGUCUACUUCAUGGGAGAAUGGUCGAAGAGAUAUUUGAAAGAAAUCUGCUAUGCUUUUCAAGAAAUAUCAACCGCACAAUUAACACGAACUUCGCAAUUAAUGGAAGUCUUGGCGAAAGAUAAUCAACCAUUUUCCGAGCAAUUCAUUCGAACUAUUUUAACAUCUAUCAAUCAGGCACAUACGAAUGAUCUGAAAUCGUUAUUCAAAUUACUCAGCGACAUAUUGUUGAUCGAAGAUUCACUUCAAAUAACUCGCCUUCAAUUGGUAUUUGAAGGUAUUGACAAGUCCGACGAUAAUGAUAAUUCUCAGACUUUUACUGGAAUCUACUCUCUCAUUCAAACCAACAUUGAGACAGAACAACGUCGUGCUUAUCAAACAGUUAAAUUUCUCGUUACACUAUCGAACAGAAAUAGCAUUUGUCGAGAAUAUUUCACUUCGACUGUUUCUCGAUGGGAAUAUGCGAUAACUUGGCUAAAACAACAAAUGCAAACAUCAUAUCAAUGGUCACCAGCACAAAAUCUUUCCAACGAAGAUAAUGACACUCGAUCAUUUCAACGUACACGAAGUGCUCAAUUUACCUUAGAACAAGCUCAAUCACUCUUACGAAAAACAACAACGGCAUCAACUGGAAAUAUUCAACAAGAUAUAUUAGCGAACGAACCUAUGGAAUUCAGUGAUACUCAUAGUCAAUCAUCAUCACAAUCAACAUUGAUGGGCAGUGAUUGA